CGUAUUUAAACUUUUGAUAAAAUAAUCUUUUAUGUUUCGUCGUAAAAUUUCAAUUGUUGUUGUAAGCUUUUAUAAUAGUAUAAUCGUAUUCUAAGAGUCAACUAAAAGUCAGCUAUCAAGAAAUUUAUAAAAAUGACUCAUCCAAUUGUUUAUUUAACGAGAAAGGAAUCAAUAUCUAGCUGUCAUAGAUUGCACAGUAAUAAUCUGAACGAUGAAGAAAAUAAAAUGAUAUAUGGAAAAUGUAACAAUUUUUGGGGACAUGGACAUAAUUAUACUGUUGAAGUUACAGUCCGUGGACCAUUAGAUCCUAUAACUGGUAUGGUUAUGAAUAUAUCUGAUUUAAAAAGGUACAUGAAAAAUGUAUUGAUGGAUAGAUUGGAUCACAAAAAUUUAGACAAAGAUGUAUCUUAUUUUAAAAAUGUUGUAUCGACCACUGAAAAUUUAGCUAUAUAUAUUUAUAAUGAAUUGAAAAAGGAAUUGCCUAAUCCAGAUUUAUUAUAUGAGGUAAAAAUUCAUGAGACCGAUAAUAAUAUUGUAUAUUAUAGAGGAGAGUAAAUAAUAUUUUUUUAUGAUAAUACAAGGGACAAAUAAUAUAACACAAAGAAUUACUAAUACUUCCAUAAAUAAUGGAAUAUAUGUUAUCAUAUUUUUUUUCAGAUAAUUAUAUAUUUUUAUAAAUUGUCUGUAAUUAUAUAUUUUUUAUAUCUCAUGAUUUUUAUUAUAUUAAGAUUUAACAUAUUUAACUUUGUUGGUUUAUAUAUUUAUUAUAAUCUUAUUAUAACACAUGUAUUAUUUAUAUCAUAAAUUAAUACAUUGAUACAAAUCUUUGUCUUAUGUGUAUUCAAAUAUAUAUGCUUUUCCCUAGAUUCUAAAUACACAAUCUUAGUAUAUACAUGUGUAAGUCCAUAUAUAUGUGUUUGUUAUGCAUAUAUAGGAUAUACUUAUAUAUAACUACAAAAUAUUUUGUUCUUUUCUUGCUCGAGAAUAUAAUGUACUUUUAAAACAUAUAAAAAUUUCCUAUACUGUGGCCAUGCAAUUUUACAGAAUACUGUAUGAUACAUAAUUAAAUAUCAUCACAUGUGUCAAUAUCAUUCCAUGUAUAAGUAAAUUUCAUUUACAUAUAAUAAGACGUUUAGUUUAAAACAUAUAUUUUAAUUUACAAAAUAAAAAACUAUAAAACUGC